UUUUUUCUUUGCUCUUUCCAUUAAAUAAGAAAAUGUGACUGCAAGCCAAGUCAAGAAAACAUGACGGCAACGUCCUUAAAAGCGCGGCAACGUGAUCAAAAGACGAGAAGCUGAAGAGGUGCCGUGUCGUGGCUUCGUAAUUCUACCUCUGGUCUGAGUAGAGUAGUUCUGCGUCGUUCUGCACUGUUCUAUCUGCUUCAAAGCUUGUGUACGAGGUGAGGGAACGCCAGAAGGAAGAUGAGCGAAUACGAGGGCGAGUUACAACCGCUCGCAGGCGAAGUUGGCGUGCGAAACCGAAGUGAAGAUAGCUGCACAAAGGACGCUUAGGACCGGUGUUGUGAUAGUCCUAUUAAGCAUAAGCAAAAGUAUCUGUGCAGUUACGCAGUGUGGUAUAUGGCACUUUGAACUAAUUUAUCAUAGUCCACAAGAACAACACGCGAAGAAACCACAUUGGUGUCUGAGAUCACUUGCUGGCUCUAAGGAUUGGACACUGCGCCAUUGCUGCCGUCUUUGUCGGGUGGUAACUACGGUCUGUACGUGCUGGACAGCAAAAAAGGCGACGUCGGCGGGGUCGCAAAGGCCGAGUUAGCCUCUGCGGCUGAGGAUGCAGAGGACUGCCUGGAAAAGGAUCGUGUUUUACUUACGGCUUUCGCAUGUGUAAAAGGCAUAUCUGUGGUGUCGUGUUUUCACUCACGGGGCUCUGCAACAUUAAAUCCAGUUUUUCUAUACCAAAUCGAAAGAGAUAUGUAGAGGCUCGUGGGUUAGGGUUACAAGAGCGUGGAUAAGGUGCCCUAAUGAAGAGUUUGUGUGGUGUCGAAUAGAUGAUAGAGUUGAGUAGAUGGUAGAGACAUAUCUGCGUAGGAUACGAAUUUUCCUACUUAAGUGGAGUCAAAGUUAUCUGCAGUUGCAGCGAGGGAGUCGAUAUUUUUUGAGUGUUCUAAAAAUUCUGCAAUUGGGCAAGACACGAGAGGCUCCGGGUUGUGGUUUGCUAAACUGGCUACGGCAAUCGCAUCCAUUCUUGUUGUGCUGUGUCUGGUUCGACGUUGCUGCAGCUACCCUCUCGAUAUCGAUUUUUCCGAUUGUUAUGGCUUAUAAAAGUGAUAAUGUUGUUCUCAGUCAUGAUUCAGGAAGCACCUGAUUUUCCGAGGCAUUUGCUGCCCGCGAAAAAGAUUCUAGUCAUGGUGGUUCUAGUUCCUGUGAGUCGUCGCGAUACCAACAUCUUAGUCUCUAGAAGUACAGGUAGAAUACGUCGUUGUGUCUCUGCCGGUCUUUCGUUCUGAGAAACAUUUAGCGCUAAGAGUUGUUGUGGGCCAGGGCCUUGCACGGAUCGAAACCAAACGACGAAAAGGUCCCAAUUGAUACAGCAUCAGCACGAAAUCGCGAUAGACGGUUACGGGGUGCAGUCCCCUUGGCCAGUACGCUCGUAGAAUUGCACCCUAGUAAAACAGUAGAACAGCUGGAGGAAGAAAUCCGGCAAGUGGACGAAGAGACUGUUAAGGUGAUAAGUACGCUUCUUUACGUUCAGUAGUACCAAGUGCUACAACGUGGAAGUACAUAUUUGAAUUUAGAUAAGACUGCCAAUAUGUGGACCUCUAUGCAUGGGAGGCACAAUACGCUGAGGUCGAAUCACUGCAGUGCCACAUCCGCACUUACAAAAUUGUUCCUUCAGCUCAUCUUAUCAUGUAGUAAGCUUCUUCUUCUUUCGUCCGAGGUUCUCUGAUUAACUUUUUAUUUCAAGUGAAGAAAAACACGUAAGGAGUCACUUUAGUCGGGAGAAGGCGAUCGAUGUCCUGACAGAAGACUGUCAACACUCUAUAUACAUUGUUUUUGAGUGUAAUAACUCUCUUCACUUUCAUUGCUGAUUCUUCCUUCUAAGAAGUUCUUGAUUCACCCCAGAGUUUAUUCUUCUUGACAAUUCUAAACUUAGUUUUUUAAUUGUCUACUUGCAAGAUUGUUCGUUUUCUCGUCUAAACUUUCCAGUUUGGAAGGGGACUACUAUGAAUUGGAGACGAUUAUCGAGCAAAAUGAGGAGAAGGCUUCGGAGGGGAUUGCUGCGAUGGAAGAAUGUACGGCGUCGAAGAAGAUCGGAAGAUUCUUGAACACUUAGAUUACAAUAAUGAUACUAAGAGGUGGUCAAACGACGUAGAGAGGGACGGAUGAGACUACUACUAAAUCAGAAAUGUGGAUGCUGACUUGCGGAAGAGCAGUAUUCAUCGAACAUAUCCGCCACAGCUGGCGUAUUGGCUCCUGUUGCCAAAGACAUUGGAUAAACAAACUGGAGUUCGUUGUAGUGCUAUACCGGAAGAUAUGCAUUUGUAGUUAAGAAUAGCUUGUCCUUGUCUAUCACUAUGUCCUGUUACAAGGGUCGCGACAUAGAACACAACUUGCAUCACUUCGAGCUAGGCGCAUUCAUUCACUCACUCACUCAACUACCUAUCUGUCACACGGGUAAAAAAAUGUUAAGGCUCGUUUCUAAAAAAGCGGAGAUGUCCGAAGAAACCAAGAAAUUGCUAAUGCAAGCGAAAGCAGAAGAAGCUGAAACGAAGGUGGAAGAGGAGCGCUUCGCGGAAGUUGAACAAGAGUACCAACAAUUAAGGAGAGAACAACUACGACACCGCUAUGGCAGUCUGCACUGAACUUUGUGCGAGAUUUUUUGCAUUGUAUUGAGUAGCGUCGUUCAAUCUCUUCCGGCUCUUCUAUAGCCCCGAACGCUUGCCUCGUCGUAGUUGAGCCCACUUCUUUCCUAAUAUCCUAAUAUGAAACUCGAGACAUCAUGCAUGUUUGAAGAUGGUCCUUACCUAGCAUCAAACUGUCGAAGAGAGAUUGAGGUAGUGGAUGCCACCUAACACCAGAAGCAGCCCGUCCGUGAAAACAAUGAAGUGAAGCAUGCUACAAGUCCUCCAGUGCUGCAAUAAACUUUUCCAGGAGUAGUUUUCUCGUAAACGUACUCCUAAGAUAGAUCCUGUUCGUCCGUAACAGUUUGUAUAAUUACUAUUUUUUGGACGAUUAGGAACAGCAGCACUUUUGGUUGCUCUAAUGACGAAAGUCGACCUGAAAAGCAAGCUGACAGAAGGUAUGGCGCAUUGAUUCAUAAGUAGAGGCUCUUGCUCAGUAUGAUAGGUGAGAAAACACUGCUGGAACUGUCUUGUCCCGCCAUUCGGCUAGAAGUACUAAAUGGGGCAUCGUGAUGAUCAGAAAGCUCGUUGGCCCCAUUCAUUUUUGUAGUCAGGGCAGUGCUCGCCUUCAAAGGUGUUGAUGUGAAGGGCUUCAGUCGCGAACUUCCUUUACUAUGUGCGAUCAUGGUAGUAAAGUAUGUGAUCCUACCCGUGACUUUGGUUGUGAAGUAAAAAAUCUAAAUCGAAGAAGAGCGAGCUUGAGCAGGCGCCUACGGAUGGCGACGACUUUCAGAAGGCCGAGGAAUUAAGAUAAUGUAAGCGAAAGGCUCUUUUAGAUGACUACUUAGACUUUUUCUUUAAAGGUACUUCUAGUUUGCUAAAGGUUGUUUUCGCUUUUUUUUGUUCGAGUUGCAAUUUAUACCUAAGCCGGUCGCUGGUAAUAUAGAUUAAGCACUAGAGAUGCUUCUAUGCUGACGAACGGAGUUGGUCGCGAGUGACUACAUCAGAGGCACACGCAGUAGAGGCCUAAUCCUAAGAGGCGCCGUAAACCCUGAGCCUCUAAUUUAGGAAGCAGCAAAGGACCAGGUGAGGGUUAGAGAGGAGAUUACGGCACUACAGAACGAGCAAAAGCGGAAGGUAGAUGAGCUAAUGCUGGAGGAAAGAAAGCAGCAACUGGAGAUGUCGACGGUGCAGAAAGGCAUCAACGAGGAGGAGACGGCACUCCAGCAAAUGCAAAAGGCACCAGCGCCGCAAGGGACACCGCAACAACAGCCACGCCAAACUCCGCGAAAGAGGCAACUGGUAUUGCGCUGUGUUGCACGCUUUCUUUUCCAACUUAGCAACGCGAUAGUUCUGGGAGUUCUGGGUGAGUGUCGUCUCCGCGGCUGCUCUUUCUACUUGUAUUUUUAGGACAACCAAAUGUACGUAGUAGGGCGUGGUCGUGGGAGGUGUUGGUCUCUUUCUCUCUCUCUCUCUCUCUCUCUCGAAGUGUGCGGGCCUCCUAAAAACUAGGUAGCGCGCAACCCUGACCGUGUCAAAAAAUUGACGGACCCUGUCCCUCCAAGCUUUGCCGAAAUGGGUGCGGUCUUGAAAGAUCUUGCCGAGAUCAUCGAUUACCUCAAAAGUGAAAAUCCACGGCCGUUAUAUCGAGUAGGAGGGCCGUGUAAGAGAUUAUUUCAGAGCAUUAAAGACGAGAAGUCCGACUUCAGGAAAUUCCUCCGAAGCAAACGAGGUGAAUUAUGAGUCGGUAUUUCUGAACUUUUUUUUUCUGAAAGGUAGCUCGACUUACUGAGCACACUUGGAUAGUUAGGCGCAUGAUUUGUACGCAGGCUCACGACGACGUUGGGGAAUUUACGACGACGUUGGCGAAUUUUUCUGCUUUCGUUUGUGGUAAUUAUACUUCGGGGUCUGUGGCAUAGCUCGAUCGAGUGAACUCCGACUGCCAGAGGCGGAAGGCCCCGCGCCUUGUCUCGAUUCGUUUGGGCCGUGGGUGUGUCAGUUCGUCAACGGGUGUUUUUCAAAGUUUCCCUCCUUUGUAGGUGCCAGGCGUGGCGGUUCUUGCCGUACGCAAUGAGCCCGUGCCUGGGAGAUAAGCCACCGGUUCCCAUGAGGCGUCUGCCGGAAAUUAGCGUCGUGAUGCGAUCGCCAGUCUUUUCUACCUUUUGAGCACGCGGCUGGGCAAGCUGUGGCAGCCGCCUGCCUGCUACAAACCCACGACGGCUUUGGCCGUUCAUUUAUCAUAGAUGGAUCGUAGGGGGACAAGUGCCGCGGAGCGUGCGCUAACUCGCGAGCGAGUUAGCCCCUAGACGUUGGGAGGAUGUGCCCACCCGGGCCAUUAGGUGCAAAUCCUCGGCCGUUCUUGCGGUGGUCCCAGGCCGCAGCCUGGGCAAGGCUACUGCAGUGUGGACGUGCAGCAGCUACGUGCGUCAGCUCGCUGAGUCACCUGGUUCCGUGGGGUGCUUCUUUUGUUGUUAUUGUGGCAUAGUUGUUGGGCCAUCAGGGUUGGUCGGGGUGUGGUAGUGCAUUUGGCGGAUCGCUAGUUGAUGGCCUUGAGAAGUGCUUUCGCUUCUGUGUUCGGCUUGCAGCUGUGUAGUACUGAGAUCGCGGUCCCUGUUCUUAUGUAUAUAAGGCUAGAACUCCAUCAUCUGGUGUGCAGUAUCCUGAUCGAAAUUCCCGUUGUAGAAGUCAAGGAGAGCCGUAUUCAAGGAACCACUCGCAUCCUCUAUGAUGAUGAAAGUCUGACACUAAUUCCGACUCUGACUCUGUUCAUUCCAUCUGGGGACGUGUCUUGAGGAGAAACACCCCGAUGCAAACCCGGACUUUGCAGCACAGCUCAUAGUUGCCGCUGAGGGGUUGGGUGACGCAGCGAAAACGGGCUUCGUAGAGGAAGCGACAAUGUGGGAUAAAAUCCACCAAGUGAAAAACGGAAAAGUGGACGACGCCGUGGCUAAGCGACUCUAUGCUCUUACAGCGCAAGAUCUUCAAGAAGCAAAAAAAACAGGCUUCCUCGAUAAACUCCUCGAGAAACCAAAGGAUCCAAAAUCAAAUGAGGUGCGAGAAAAUAUGCUGGGGAAAGCAUUGGCAAACAGGGUUGGCCUUGCGGAGGUUAUUGACUGCCUAAUCACUACACCCUAACAAUAAAGACAUCACAAAUCUGAUCAGCCUGAUGUUGUAGGUCAGCCAUUGACUGAUCGCUAUGGUAGAUCGAUGUCAUGCUCAUGGUAGCUCGAUAAAAUGUUUGCCAGCGAAGGAUACAAGAACACGAAGCGAAAGAAUUAGACCAUCUUGUUGUCAACAUUUGAAUUGGCUGGCUACCUCCUGCAAAGAAACGUUGAGUAUCGAUUCUGAGAAUACCUGUCUAAGAAGGAGUAUGU